UUUUGUGAGCUCUCCAAGCACAACCUGACUUCCCAUCCACUUCACUUGCUGGCAACCGCAGUAGAUUUAAAAAUGCAAAUUCUCAUCAACCACAUAAGUGAAACCAGAGAGAUUUGGAGGAGCAGCUCUGCAGGAAGGAAGAGGAGUUAAAGGCAGGGCAGCUGCGUGGAAGGCAUAUAGCUCCAUCCAGCUUCUACUGAAGUCAGUGGAAAGGUUCCUGUUGCCUUCUGUGGGAGCUGGGUUGGGCAUAUAGGGCUUGAUUCCAGGCCUGCUGAAGUCUAUGGGACCUUUCCAUUUACUUGAAUUUUACUGCGUGUUGAAUCAGGCUGAGAGAGAGCAGCUGGAGCUGGAAGUGUUCACUCUCCCUCCACAAGUAUGGCAACCUCUGCACAAUACAGACAACUUAUAAAUGAUUAUGGACCUCCGUCUCUAGGCUAUACACAAGGGAUGCAGGGUACCAGCAGCAGUCAAGUACCACAAAGCAAAUAUGCAGAACUUCUAGCUAUCAUAGAAGAAUUAGGAAAAGAAAUUAGACCUACAUAUGCUGGAAGUAAAAGUGCCAUGGAGAGGCUAAAACGAGGCAUCAUUCACGCUAGAGGAUUAGUUCGGGAAUGCUUGGCUGAGACUGAACGGAAUGCAAGAUCCUAGCCUACUAAUUAAGUUACAAGACUUUCCAGCUCUUUAUGAAGAAAAAUGUAAUACUUAUUCCUUUUGAAACAUGCAGAUGAAUCUUUUUAUUUUGAGCGUUUUACCCUUUUUUUUUGCCCUUAUGAAAACGUACAGUUAAGAACGAGAAGAUUUUUCAAUUUACUGAGGGUUUGCAUUUUUUUAGAUGUUAAACUCCCCAAAUUCUUUCUAAAAGGUUAAGACUAAAACUGCAUGCAGAGGAAUGCUUUCUCUCCCACAGACUAUACUUAAGUUCCUUUCUUAUCCAGCCACCGUCUCAUUCUUUUUAUUUCUUUGACUAUAUUCACUUAACCCCACAUGGUCAAUCUUUCAACCUUUGACAUAAACUCUAAGGAUUUUUUUUUUUUUAAAUAACUGCACUGGUAGCAUGUUUUACCUAGUAGUUUGCUAUACUCACACAGUUUGCCAUACAGCAUAGACCCUGCUUAGAAAUAAUCCUUUUUUUUUUUUUUUGCAUAAGCAUUUGCAUGAUUGUUAGUGCUUUGGAGUCCAUUUAAAGUGCAUGAGUUAUAAAUACAGAAGAUAGAGCAACCUAACAAACAAUAACAAGGUCCCAGAAAACUAAUUUUCACCCUAAGGCUGAAGCUUUCAUUGUAAGUUUGCCAAAAAACAAAAUUCUGGAUAAGUUACUAAAACUGUUAUUUGCAUCUUUGUAUGUAUUUAUUACUUGAUGUAAUAAAGCUUAUUUUCAUUAA